AUGAACGAAAACACAGAUCUUCUACGACCAUUCUGGCACAAGUUGAUUAGGGCCCUGAAAGCAAAUUGGUUUGACCCCUGCAAGUUAGAGUCAGCCGGUAAAUGGAGCCCAGUAAAAUCCGGGACUCUUGGAACUGAAAGAGGGCGAACCUGA